AGUUGAAGGUUGACACCAUGUUGACACAUUAAUGUUAUGUCAAUGACAGAUUGUCAAAAUUUGACAUUAGUCCACUAAUGUUUAUUUACUGAAAAACAGGUGUGAAUUUGUGAAAUAUUAGAAAAUGUGCAUCUAAAACAUGUCUGAUUCCAAAAUACCACCGUAUAUCCUGCAGGAGCUGCCAGAUAUUACCGAAACUGUAAAAUAUCCCAUAAAAAAUAUACAGCGCAUUAAGUAUACCUGUUUUGAUAUAUCAAGGUCUUUGAUAGCAUUUGGGGCAACCAGUGGUGGGAUCUAUGUGUUCAACAGGUGGCCAUGUGAAUUUGUACAGCUUAUACCCAGUAAGGAUGGUCCAAUCACCCGACUGGCAAUAUCACCAGACGAGAAGCACAUAGGUUUUGCGAAUGGCAAAGGUUUCCUCACAGUGACAGAGUGUGACCAAUCGCAAAGCAAUGGCUACUCAUCAACCUCGUCGAAGGAGCAUCAAGGGAAUGAAGUUACAGCGAUGGUGUGGAGUAGGAAUAUGCUCUUUGCUGGAGACGAUGUUGGCAAAGUAUCAGUUUUACAAGUGCAAGGCUUUAUUGCAAAAACAAUGUUCCAGAGUUCCUCUCAAACAAUAAUGAGUUUAGACUCACGAAUAUGCCAACUCGACUCAAGAGACUGUAUGAUACUUGUGUCAACUCUCACGCGAUGCUACAUAUGUAAUACUACUCAGGAACAAUACAGGCAGAUAGGCCAGAAGCUCAGAGAUGGAGAGUUUGGGGCUUGUUUUGCAAAUGCACAGAAGCCUCUAAUGAAUGGUUCAAUAGAUAAUAAGGAACAGAAUUUUACGGAAGUCAAAAAAUAUAAUAUUGUUGAUGAUGAUGCUAGAUUCAUUGUUGGCGAAGAAUUUUCUAAUACCGUUAUAUUUUGCGCGCGACCUUCCUCCCGUUUAUGGGAAGCAACUGUCGACGGCAUGGUUCAGAGAACCCACCAGUUCAAACAAGUCUUGGCCAAACAACCCAUGAAAGUUGUCUCACUAGAAUCCUAUGAAAAAGAAACAUAUUGUAUAGAAAACUUGUCAGAUGAUAUUGGUGGACGAUCUGUUAACUUUUCUAAAAUAUACAGCUUUAGUGAUACCAUAUUCGCAUAUAAUAAAAACGCAAUAUACUUUUUAAAUUUUCAAAAUGUCGAUAAUACAGUAUGGUUUGAUGCGUACAAAGACAUCGUUGAAUGCAAGUUAUACAAUGAUAUGCUAUAUGUUUGGUUGGCUAACGGAUCUCUUGUAAGCUUAAAAUUCAUGAAGUUGGAUACGUUUCUAGUAAAAUGUUAUUUCGACGAGAAAUUUUUACUAUGUGCAGAACUGUGCAACAUUUUCAAGGAUUACUUGCUUUCACAAAACUUAUCCCCGAAAUUAAAUGUUUUAGUUGGAUUACGAGAUAAGCUGGACAAUAAUGGGGUAUUAGAAAAUGUUGAGGGUGUUCUACAAAAGUUUGAUAGUCUGAAAUCUAGUGACGCCACUCAAUUGAACUCUGGAAUUUACGUUCUAGAAAAUACAUAUCACACACAAUCAUUAUUAGAUGAAAAUGUUCAAACAAAACAGGACGAAAACAUAUUUGGGCCUUUAACACCAGAAGCAAUGCAAGCCUUAAAAGGAUUGAGCAUAACAGUAUCCGAUAAGCUGAACACGAGUAAAAAAAUGCUAAAAGAAAAAUGGGAAGACUUGAAACAUCUUAGUAUUGAAAAGCAAGAUAUAUCUCAGUUCAAAACAAUCCAAGAAAACGACAAAGCUCCUAAAUGGAUUUCUCGUGAUGAAUAUACUCUCGAAGACGCGCCGGUCGUGUUAGACAAUGAUAUUAUUUUCAAAGAAACUAGUCAAGAUAUUAUAGAAGUCGACAAUAAUGUUUUAGAGCAAGAUAAGAUUUGCAAAAUGCUAUACCAAUAUUCUAGGUUAAGUCUUGUGAAUACAGAAUCGGAGUUGUCGAAUUUAAACUCGAUAAUCGAGAGCUACGCCUGUGAUAUUAGCCAGAUACAUGAUCUAAUGUUGUUACUAGAAAAGUAUUGUGUUUCUAUAGGUGCUGUAGAUGAAGCUACGUUUGUGCCGAACAAUAUAUUUCUAACUUACUUGAGCAAUUCUGAGAACAAAUGUGCUUUGAUAGAAUUAAUAAUAAAAGAUGAAGUGCUGUAUAAAUAUUUCGUGGAUUCUUGUAUAGCUGUGAAUAUAAAGACUCAGAAACACUCGAAUAUUGGUUGCGAAUGUGGUUUUCCACUUCCGUAUGUGAGAACGAGUCAAAUGCCAGUAUUUUCCGAGUUAAUAGACGAAUUUAUCGAACAGCAGUGGUCGAGUCAGACGAAGGAGCAAUGCUACGAAGUUUGUAGAAAAAUGCCUUAUCUGUGGAGGAAAAUUUUGUACUUACGAAGAAAUGAAGACUUAAUCAACGUACUCAGGAUCCUUUUACAGAUGCUAGAUGAGAGUUUGUUGCACUCAUUUUUACCUCAAUUCACGUUGGACACGUGGGAACGCGCUGUACAACUUUAUGCGACUUUGUAUGCAAAUAUGUGCUUAAAUUGCAAUAAAAAGUUUGAACACAUAUCCGUAAAAGACAUGUUGAGUUGGGAUCAAUUGGGCUUGAUGAUUAUAAAAUCGGUUGGCGGUAGGAAUGCAGUUAAAGUAAUGCAAAAGCAUGCGAAUUUGAUAGAGUUUGGUGCGUUGACAGUGAAAUUCUAUUACGCUUGCCUGUUAGUGGCUUUGUACGAGAAAUAUGACUGCACGAUAACAAUUCCGUUGGCCGAUACGAUAUACAGCUCAUACGAAUUUGAAGAGUCUAGGAAAGAGUUACACAAACUUCUACAAAGUACUUCAAUGGGAGUUAUAAAGAAUACUGCAUUACCUCUAACCAUAGCAGCAACAUCCCCCUUUUGGGGGCUUAAGGAAGUGUAUGAAAAAUUAUCCAAAGACCCUCAAGAAAAUCUCCUUUCAAAUGACAUUUCUAUGGCCAUGACUGUCAACAAUUUGACUGACUGUGCGCUGUGUGGGUUGCCAUUACAAAAUUUAGUGCUAAUCAAAGAUGGCGGCUUGUGGGUAUUUAGGUGUGGCCACACUUUCCACGGCGCUUGUUUGAAUUUGAACCAAAUAAAAUUGUGCCCUUCUUGCUCUAUUAAAUGAAUGCUUUAUGUGUGUUAUUAUUUUAUAUUUAUAAUAAGUCUGUGUUAAUGGCGUUGGUUCUGAUGUUAUUCUCUAAACUAAAUUUAGAGUAUCUGCAUCUGUUUCUUUUUAAUAUUGCUAAAAAAGGACAGAAGAUUAAUUUUAAAUUGAAGGACUCUUUUUAAUGCUUCUCUACAAAUUUAAACACCCAUGACACGAGAAUUUUCAAUUAAGUUUGUCUCUCUUUUUAUUUUUACUGGUGUAACAUUGUGUUAGAAAAAGAUGUGAAUACUUUAAAAUUUAGUUGCGAUUAGAAUCAGUACCAUUGUAUUGGUAAAAGCUAAAAUUCAUUUUGGAACUAAAAAUGUAUAUAUUGAAAUCAUUACAGUAACAUAAAUCAAAACUGUUGUCGUGCAUGGUUAUCUAGCUUUCGUAUAAUAAUGGCAACAUAUUUUGUUAAAAAUUCAUGUUUUUGUAUUGAAAUUAUGAAAUCGUUCUUGCCAUGCCAUGUCCUAUGAAUUUUUGUAUGUUAAAAAUUUAAAUAUUGCGAUAAUCUUGCCAAAUUCCAGAAAUCAAAAAGAUUUCUGCGUUACGAUUACGACCUACUUUAACCUACUUGUCAACUAAAAUAUUAUAAAGAUGUCAAUAGAUGGCGCUUCAAAACUUUCACAAGACUUUUUUUAAAAGAAUAUUAGCCAUGCUAAUCAUGACUAAUACUCCCUUUCCCCUCCAAUUAAGCGUAAAGCUUGUGCCAGGAGUGGGUACGACAACAGUGCAACGGGUGGGGUUUGAACCGCCGACCUUUCGGAAUUCAGUUCGCUCCUCAACCGUUUAGCUGUCGAGGCUAUAACUAUUUAUUACUUUAUAAAACCUAUUUAGAAUUUUUGGAUUGAUACUCGUUCCUGGUAUCAAGUAAGUACGUAAAAUUCUUUACUUUAGCAAAGCCUAUGGGAAAACCUAGAUUUUUUCAGUAAAACUAAAACCAUGUACUAGACUCUUUUAAGCUCACUUUUACUUUUAGGUUUUACAGUUCAAAAGGUUAAUUUAUUCUAGUCUAAUAAUAUUAUUUAUGCUUUUUAAGUUGAUUUAAUUGAGGUGUUAUUUUUAACAUGACUUCAAUAUAUGACUAUAAUAAUUCAUGACUAUAAUAAACAUGGCUUAAAAAUUGCACUUUUUUAACCUUGUGUAAAGUGUAAUAUAUUAAUUUGUUAUGGUGCUGCCAGACAACUUAAUAUAUAAGUAUAACUAUUAUAUAUAACUAUUUUGUAUAUUGUUACUAUGUUGUAUACAGAUAUAUAUUAUUAUGUCGAAAAAUAUUGAUAGGAUUUAUACCAGCGUUGGAGUGAGUAACAUAAUAUUAUAACAUUGUGCUACAUUAUAACUGCUGUAUAACAAUUAAAAAAAAUAAAACUGUGCUAUCUUAAUAUAUAUAAGUAGGUACCUACCUGAUAAUAUAGUAUAUGCACGUGAGAUAUUCUCUCUGCAAAUAGGUAAUGUUUAGUAAAUAAAGUUGUGUAUCCAAAUAGUAACUAAAACAAUAGACACAUACAAAUAAUAUCGUACAAACAAGUUUUAAAAUAGGAGAACACUUUCAAUGUAUUGUAGAUUGUAAUUGUAUGUCAUCGUCAUUAUAAUACAGGUCUCAUUAUAAAUUAAAGCCAGCGCAAACAGACAGAGUUGAGUUGAGUACAGCCAAGUCUUUAAUAACAAAUUAGGCUGAGAUCUACAGAUCACACUUUGACUUUGCUCAGACUUAAGAGGGCUCUCUCCGUCACUCGUUUCAUACAGUCGUAGUUCCAAUUUCAUUUGAAUAUUAAGCAACCAAUGAAAGUCCAUGAAAUU